UCUUAAUGAGCCCAGAAACGAGUCGAUGAGAGUUUCCUGUCUGACGCUGAGUCUGGCUUGGUCUCGAUAUCGAUCUUUCGUCUCGCAUUAUUGGAUCAACCCCCCUAAAAUCUACGAGGCAUGCGAGUCCUCGUGGUUCUGGCUCACCCUGAGCGACAAUCACUCACCGCGGCUCUGAGUAAUGUCAUCAUCGAGGAGCUACAGACCGAAGGACACCAAGUCCAAGUGUCAGAUCUGUACGCCAUGGGCUGGAAGUCACAGAUUGAUCGAGAGGAUUUCCGCGGGUUUCCUUCGGAGGAGCCUCUACGGGUCGCAAACGCCUCGCUUGAAGCAUAUACCGCGGCUCGUCUCACCGAGGAUGUGAUUGCCGAGCAAAGAAGACUUCUCUGGGCCGACACUGUCAUCUUGCAGUUCCCUCUCUGGUGGUACUCCAUGCCCGCCAUCCUCAAGGGCUGGGUGGACCGUGUCUUCUCGUGUGGGUUUGCCUAUGGUGUAGGCGAGCACAACGACAAGCACUGGGGGGAUCGCUUCGGCGAAGGGGUGUUCGCCGGCAAGAGGGCCAUGGUGGUGGUCACCACAGGUGGCUGGGAGGAACAUUACUCGGGGCGUGGGAUCGGGGGACCGAUCGACGACCUACUGUUUCCCAUCAAUCACGGCAUGUUGUACUACACGGGUUUUGAUGUGUUGCCUCCAUUCGUGGUCUACCGUGUCGACCGCUACGAUGAAGCUGCAUUCAAUGCUACAGCAGACCGUCUCCGUGAAAGGGUCCGAACUCUCACAAUUACGGAGCCCAUCCCUUAUCGGCCCCAAAAUGGAGGUGAUUAUGAGAUACCAACCAUGGUCCUACGCCAGGACCGAUGUCAAGGCCAAGAGGGGUUUAGAGUACAUCAAAGGCCAUCAUCUCACAAAGCACCGUGAAGAUUGUCCUUUUUGUGGUCGAUCUCGAGAGUGACAAGUGAUGGUAUUGCACAGAGAAAUCCCGCUGAGUCAAGGAUCGGGAUGCCUACAAGCUUCACCAUGAAUACGAGGUCGGCGUCUCAUGAAGGGUGCAUAGGAAGACACAGACGCAUGAUGAGAAUCAUAGAAUGUACCAGGUGUGUCAACACUUGAAUGGAAGAAUAGAGACUCAAUAUAGAUCACAGUUGCUAAACCACCUUCUUUUAAUGAAGCGUCUAGAUUGCAUGCUUGCUCACUGCCUUUCAAGAUAGACUAUGGACCGUCAUGGGUCUGAGAGCGAAGCGUGAGGGUGAAAGAUUCUCUGUCGGGUCCCAAAGGCCCCGGAGGAUGGAAGAACACAAGGGGCAGGGACAACCCAUUAGGAACCUUGGGAAUGCCACUAUAACUAAGUUUCGAUAUGGACGGAGGAAUUAAAUAAACGAGAAUGUAAAAUGAGUGACUUAAAAUUACCUACAUAGCAAAAGGGCUAGUCUGGGAAAUGAGUGUCGCAAAGAUGCUUUGGAAAAGCAUUCCAGCAAGC